AUGUCUGUCUAUACUAUCGCCGGUCGUCAAUUCCAAAGCCACCAGCUUAGUCUUGCUGUCUUGGGAUCUGUCUUUGUGGGACCCUGGGUUUAUAGCAAGAUCUUUAAGAGACAAAAGACUUUAAAGGAAGGUGAAAUGCCUCCGUUGAAUCCCUCCAACAAGGAAGAAGAAGCUUUUAUUUUGAAAUACAUCAAAGAUCACAAGUAA